GUAAAAUGGCAGCCGGAUUGAAAAAUGUUUUGGACGAAAAUGUCCGUGAAAAAGUGCAAUUAUCACGUAUAUUAGUGGUUGGUGCCGGUGGCAUAGGAUGUGAACUUAUAAAGAAUCUUGUACUCACCGGGUUUUGUGAUUUAGAAGUGAUUGAUCUAGACACCAUUGAUGUGAGUAACUUAAACAGACAAUUCCUCUUUCGUAAGGAACAUGUAGGGAAAUCCAAGGCUAAGGUGGCCAGAGAAAGCGCACUCAGUUUCAAUCCAGAUGCUAAGAUUGUUGCCCACCAUGACAGUGUAAUGAGUGCUGAGUAUGGUACAGAAUAUUUCAAACAGUUUAGCUUGGUGAUGAAUGCAUUGGAUAACAGAGCUGCAAGGAAUCAUGUGAACAGAAUGUGUCUGGCAGCAGAUGUUCCACUGGUAGAGAGUGGUACAGCAGGCUACUUGGGCCAGGUGACUGUUAUUAAAAAGGGAUUGACAGAAUGUUACGAGUGUCAACCAAAGCCUACGCAGAAGACAUUCCCAGGGUGUACCAUACGUAACACGCCCUCAGAGCCAAUCCAUUGCAUUGUAUGGGCCAAACACCUUUUCAAUCAGCUGUUCGGUGAGGAAGAUCCAGAUCAGGAUGUGUCUCCAGAUACAGAGGACCCGGAGCUAACAGGAGGAGCAGGAGAAAAGGCUCUUGGAAGUGAGGCUAAGAAUAGUAUUGGAGGUAUAGAGCGUAAAUCUACACGGGGAUGGGCAGCAGAAACAGGUUACGACACAGUGAAACUAUUCAAUAAGUUGUUCCGUGAUGACAUUAAGUACUUGCUAUCCAUGGAUAAACUUUGGAAGAAAAGACGUCCACCAACUCCACUUGACUGGGAUAAACUACCCUCCACAGAGUUUGUAGAUGGACCCAUUAGAGACCAACAACUAUGGAGUGUUCAGCAAUGUGCCGAUAUCUUAAACAACAGCAUUAAGUCUUUGAAGGACCAACUUGCAGCACAAGGAGAAGGGGGUACCUUAGUAUGGGAUAAGGAUGAUUCUCCAGCCAUGGACUUUGUCACAUGUGCAGCUAACAUUAGAGCUUACAUAUUCGGCAUUCCUCUCAAGUCACGAUUUGACAUCAAAUCAAUGGCAGGUAACAUCAUCCCUGCUAUAGCAACCACCAAUGCUGUCAUAGCUGCUCUCAUUGUGAUGGAAGGCAUGAAGAUUUUAUCUGGUGCAAUAGAAACAUGUAAAACUAUAUAUCUCAAUAGACAACCAAAUGUACGCAAGAAACUGUUGGUGCCCUGUUUCCUGGACAAGCCAAAUCCGAAAUGUUAUGUGUGCUCAGCCAAACCUGAGGUUACUGUCAAGGUCAACACAACCACUCUCACACUCAAAACACUGGAGGAAAAGAUAAUCAAAGGCCAAUUUAACAUGGUGGCCCCAGAUGUUGAGAUUGAUGAUGGCAAAGGGACUAUACUCAUAUCCAGUGAAGAGGGAGAAACUGAUGAUGCAGAAAACAUGGCUAGAUUUCUCAACACGUUUGGUAUCAUUAGUGGCACAAGGCUAAAGUGUGAUGACUUUCUACAGGAGUACAAGCUCAACAUAACAAUACUGCAUGAGGAAGAGUUGGAUGACCAAAAAGAGUUUGAAGUAAUAGGUGACUUGGAUGAAUUACAGCCUAAAGCUGGGCCUAGUCAGGAAGAAAACACUGAAACCAAAAAUGGCAAUGGUACCGCAACUAGUGAACAAAAGCAAUCUCAGUCAUCUGUACAAGACGAGGAAGAUGAUCUCAUGGUCCUUGAAGAUGACGACAGCACGCCAGCCCCAUCUAUUGAUAGAAAACGGAAAGCAGACAGCAAUGAGGACACUCCAACAUUGAAGAAACCAAAAACAGACAAUGCAUCAGAGGAAAAUAAAAACAACUCUGAAAUAGAAGAGAUAAUGAUCAUAUAG